AUGGAUGUUUGCGACUUCCUCCUUGUUCGGUUUCAUUUUAAUGGGGACUUCUUGAGGAAUAGCAAUGGACUGUUUUAUGUUGGAGGUACUCAAGCUAUGUCUUAUAUAGACCGAGAUAAGUUGUCACUGCCUGAAGUUGUUGGUCAUCUCCGUGAUCAUUGCACUGUCAAAGAAGGCACAUUGUUGCAUUGGCUGUUUCCAGGGAGAGACAUGAGUACAGGCCUAAGAGCUUUGGUUGAUGACCGGGAUGCAGCAGAUGAAGCAAGUGACUACGAGCAAGAGAUGGAAGAUAAUUUAGAGGAUGAUGAGAUAGAAGAUGAAGAUCUGCAACCUUUGAGUAUUAGGAAAAUUGGAAGCAAAGAAGUAGAGAAGCAAGUUGCCCUUAUCAAACAAUUUUAUAGUAGUCCGAAUAAAGAGAAAGAACAUGCAAAUAACAUGCCGGGACAUACAUAUGGAGAUGAGAAGUCUGACACUAACAGUGAGUACAUGGCUGGAGACUCAUGCAGUUCAGGUGAUGAUGAUGAAGCGGCCCAGAUAUAUAGGAAAUUUAGGAAUUUCAAGAAGUUCAAGAGGGAUAGUAGCGAUGCUAAAUCUGUUGAUGAGUUAGGAGGUCUGGGUCAAGAUGGAGCUAAAGGGCAGUACUCACAGGCAGGCAACACACAUGCACUGAACUCAGAGGGAGGAGGUAGCUCACAGCCAGCAGGUUCUCAGUCCGCUGCUGGAGGUAACCCAAAUGCUAUUGUUGUGCUGUCUAAUACACAAAAGAGCAGCACAAGCUGUACAAAAAGGAAGUCCACAUCUGAUGUAUCUAGUACACAGAGUCAGAAAAAGGCAAAGGCAACAAACUCACGUAACAUCAUCAAAUCGAGUGCACAUGCCAGGGUUUCGACAAUUCCUUCUAGCUCAGCUACAAUUAACCUGCAAGCCAGAGUGCCCACUUCCAAUGUUAAUUCUAGUGUGCAUGUACAGUUAACUGGUGGGACUACAUCUGUUCGUGUGUCAGCUCAAGAACCGGCCAAGUUGAAGUCCAAGCCUGCUCCAAAGAGAUCUGGAACUGCUCCACUCCUGAUGCUUCCUCCAUGGCAAUCUGAUAAGCUGUGA